AUGGGCGGCUUCUAUAUGCAGUACCUUGAGAGCCUUUGCCGGCGUCGAGGAUGGACAGACCCCAUGUACGAGUGCUACCGAGACCAUAACGGCUACACGUGCCUGGUCCUUGUCAAUGGCCGUGAAUAUCAGACAGAUCUCGCAUACGAAUCCGAUGUUUUGGCCCAAGAGAACGCUGCCAUGCGUGCUUUCAUGGUAUGCCGCAACUUCUCUGUCAAUGGAGGCAUGCUGGCACGCAAUGGCAUUGUCCAAGGCCUUCCAGCCCAGGAAACAGCACGCCGCCGCAAGAGCCGCCACACGUCUUCUCGGGACAGCGACCGCCACAGCAGGCGAUCGGGACACCACUCCAGUAGUAGCUCAACUGCCUCAUUCGACUAG